AUGUCUGCACGCAAACUCAAAGACUAUUAUGCCAUUCUCAAAGUAGCUCGAAAUGCUACACAGGCCGAUAUCAAAAAGGCCUAUGUUCAAUUAGCGAAAAUUUAUCAUCCUGAUUUACUGGAGAGUUCGGACCCUAAGAAAGCGUUUAAAGAGGCGACGUUCAAAGAAAUAACCGAAGCCUAUAGUAUCUUGAAUAAUCCACGAAGAAGAAGUGAAUACAAUAUGGAAAUUUAUGAAAACGACAAGACAGCUUCAAAUAAUCGGGAUGAUGAUGCCACUCGUCCCCUCCUGAUCCCAUCACGUCGGAAGAAGAGAAACAAGCACUAG